AUAUCGCAACACGGCGCCACUCGCUCCUCCAAAUUCAAAAAGGUAACGGAUAAGUUUCUCACGUUGCUCACAACGGCGUCACUCGGGUUUCUUUCGUGCAAUAAAUUAACGUUUUACACAAGAAAUCAGCAGAAUAAGGAUAACUUCGUCACAAUGACGGAUCAACUAGAGUGGAAGCCGAUAGUGCAGAAAACCAUUGUGGAGCUGGAACAGGCGCUUGAUGAACUUCAAAAGAUUUGGGAGGAUAUAGGAUGUAACAAGGAGACGCGAGCGAUGUAUUACGAACAAGCGCACAGCCAUAUAACUGACCUGCUGAAUGACAUGGUGGCUGAAUCACAGACCAAGAAGCAGCUGCUGGUAGACAGUAUAGAAAGUCUGUUGGAACAAACAACGGUACUGUACGCAGAACUGCAUCUCGACAUGGUACCCAACACUUACGAUCAAGUGCCCUUGAGCAAGGUAGAGCAGAUGCUUCGUGCAGAUCUGAAAAAUUUGGAACAUGUAAAGAAGGAACGUUUGCUGAUUUUAAAAGAGUUGUUGGCGAAGGAACUCGAUAUUGCCACGAAACUUGGCGCUAAGGGAUUAAGUAUCUCUGAAAAUAUCCUGCCCACUGAACAGGAACUUGAGAAUUUUAAGUUAUACCUUCAGAAGCAGGAGAACGAGAAGAAUCGGUUGGAAAAUGUCUUCACCGAUAUGCGUUGCUCUGUAGUUAAGAUGAUGAACGAUCUAGAUAAAACUCCAUCUUCAUCGUUUGAGCAUUUAAUUUAUAAUAAUCCUGAUGAUUUUGUACUAAAUACAACCAACAUGACAAAAUUGAGAGAUUUCAGGGAUCAGUUGAAAGUACAACUGGAGGAAACAAGAUGUCGCGUGGAGAAAAUGAAGGAGGAUCUGAUGAAAUUGUGGAAAUAUCUCGAUGAACCUGAGACUUGUCACUCAUUUCUCGAAAAGUAUCCUGGUUACUGCGCUGCCACUGUAAAUGCUCUAAAUACAGAGAUCAAACGUUGCAAAGAAAAAAAGAAGGAGAACAUUUCUAAACACGUCAUGGAUUUGAGAUAUCAACUGAUUAAUUUAUGGGACUUGUGCAAAUUCUGUGAAGCAGAGAGAAACUCGUUUGCAGCAUUUCAUUCUAGUACAUUCACAGAAGAUCUAUUGAUAUUGCAUGAGAUGGAAGUGGAGAAGUUGCAGAAGUUUUAUGACGAUAACCAGGUAAUAUUUGAUCUUCUGGAACAGCGUGAGAAUCUUUUGAAGAAGACAAAGGAAUUGAUUCAACGAGAAAAUAACCCAGAUCGCUUUCACAAUCGUGGAGGCCAAUUGUUGAUGGAGGAGAAAGAACGCAAAGUCAUACAAAAGAAAUUGCCCAAGAUGGAAGAGGAAUUGAAACAAUUAAUGAACGAAUACGAGAAGAAACAUAAUCGUAUAUUUACCAUCUACGGUAUAUCACUGGAAAAUAUCUUAGCAGAGUCUUGGGAAGAUAUUAAUCACGAGAAAGAGAAUAUCAGGAAAGGGAGGAGGGAGGCGAAAGAUAAAUCCGUGAAGAAGUCGCCCCUGAAUAGCUCCAAGAAAACACCUGGUACGUCCCACUUGAGCAUUCACAAAGGCCCACUGGGAUUGUUGAAACGAAAAUUAUUCAGCCUUUCUCCUAAUACGUCGGCGAAACGCAGGAACAAAAUUGUUGACAAAAAUAAGCCUUCUGUUGCUGGGUCUAAGAUAAGAAGAAGCGGCAAGCUAGCAAAGAACAAUCAAAAAGGACUCAAGAAUAUUCCUAGAAGAAGUAGAGGCUCAGCAUCGGCGAAUAAUAGCAUAAUGGACACAACAUAUAAUCAAUUCCAAGGUCACAUGACAAGCAGAGAAGAAUUACACAGCUCGAUGAUACCGGAACAGAUGUUGAAAAUCUCCAGUAAAAUUAAUGUCAAGACACCAGUGAGGACACCUGCGAAACCAUUGAGGAAAAAUCUCAUCACCGUUACGACUCCCACUUCCAAUUCUGCACGUAAAUCACCGCAUAGCCCUAGAACCGUUAAUACUCCUAAAUUAGCAACAGCUUUAAGUAACUUACCUUUUAUCUUUUAAUAUUUAAUAUUUUUGUUUAAGAUGAUGUCAUCACAAAACAAAUUUUACUUUCGAAAGUGACCUGCGAAGUGAUUCAAUUCAAUUUUAACAUUAUAAUUGUGCUAGCAUAAAUAACUAAUAUAAAUUAUUAUAUGAUGACCGGAAAAGUAAACAUAAAAAUUGUUUUUAUAUAGCCCACGUGCAGCGGAGAGUACGAGUAUUGGUUUAAUAAAUAUAAUUACUUAUUUUAACACGUUAGAUAAAGCUAACAAAAUUGAAGCUAACACUUCAGUUUUUUGCGAUAUUUCUGUUUCAAUGAACAGGAGUAUUCUUCAAUGCAAUUUUUAUACGCAACUGAGAUAUAUUAAGUAGAUAAAAGUGAUUGUUAUCGUACUUGCCCGUAAUUCAAUAGCAAUCCAAUGUACAAGCAUUUUUCUAACAGUUUUUAGAUAUAACACUAUUUAUAAGUGGGAUAUGGUUUUUAUUUUUUAUGGAUAACACUACACACUAAACCUUUGUAAGUAUUUAUUUUAUUAAUAAUAAUACUUUAAAUAUUUUCUCUCUGGGAUAAAUAUGCCUAGAAUUUUUUUCUGAUUUUAUUUUGAUAUGUAUUAAACGGAAAAGUAUCGGUAUUCAAUAUCUCACUUACAUUUUCCAAGGUGUUAUUUAUUUCGGCAAAACCAAAAUCAAUAGUUGUUAAAAUAAGUUAUUAAUGCUAUUUAUAAUUAUAUUGUAUGAAUCGAAUUGAAUGUAUGUAUAUGAUUGUAUUUGUAUAGUUAGAUUUUAUGCAGAAAGGAAGUGAAGCGAAAAUCUUUCUGUGGUCUAACUUUAAUUAGUUUAAUGUAGAUAAGGUCUAUGAUAAAAUAAUACAAUGUAUCUUCAUAAAUAAAGUUAAAUAAAGUUCUAGCAUAAAUUUAGUAUAAAUUUCCUUUUAAGUAAAAUGCUCUUACAAACGAAAAGUGUUUGAAAGGGUAUAGGUAGCAUACUCUAGCGUUCGAUAUAAGAUUUAACACGUUCAUUGCCGAUCACGCGUUAUCACGUAAUAGGUAUUUA